AUGAUGCAACCAACCUACCCAAACUCAGAUUUCCCUCCUUUUCAAGAAUUUCACAAAGACCAAUACAAACACAUUCCAAAAAUCCCCACUCCCACUGACAGAGAUGAAUAUGGGAACCAAAAAAGUGUUUCUCAUGCUAAAGCAUCAAGGAUAAUCACACUUGAUCAAGAACUCAGAUACAUGACUGAAAACAACACUGGAUUCACUUAUGCUUUCACUGAACGAGAGAAAGAAAUGAAAAGCCUAAAAAUUCAACUUGUAGACAUUCAAAAUCAGUUUCAUCAGAAACAACAACAACAACAACAAGUAGCGUCGACCUAUACUCCUCCUCCAUUUCAACCAUACAAUCCUCCAACGUCACCUCCAAAACCUUUUUUCACACCUUUUCAGUACAAACCUCCCCCAACAUCUAUCCCAACAUCCUCACAACCAACACAAUACUUCACUCCUAUCUCAGACCAACCAGAACAACCCCCUUUUGGUACAACUAAAAAAUGGAUUCAUAGAUUUCGAGAAAAACAACCAGUUGAUCCAAAACCCAAAAGAGUAGCAGAACAACGACUUUCUCAACCUUCAAAACCAAAACCAAAACCAAGCUCAAGUUCUACACCUCAAAACCCUACACCACAACCAAACCAAAAACCCGUACAACUUAUGAUUUCUUCUACACAAACCCUUCUAGAAAUACUUCACCAGAUGGCACAAGACAAACUUCUUUAG